AAUUGUGUUUUAUAUUUUGAACGCAAACAUUCAUAUUAGAAACGGUAUGUGUCAGUAUGCGUUCCGAUUCGUAUAAAGCGUUGGAUAUAUCGAGUGAAAAUACGUGUAAUUCUAUGCACCGCGUAUAGAUGGGAACUCUAGAACAGAUGCCGUCCUCGUGGAACGAGUACAUCGGCACUGUACUCAGCGACAGCGGCCACGUAUCCCGCAGCGCCAUCUACGGAAUCUCAGACUCUCGAAAGUGGGCGUCGUCAGCCGGGUUUGACGUCACGAGCGACGAAGUUAGGUCGCUAGUGGUAGGCUUCACGGAUCCCUCGAGACUCUGGAAAGACGGUGUGCACCUUGGUGGCCGGAAGUACACGUGCACGCGCUCUGAAAGUAGUCUGAUAGUGGGCAGGGAGAGUGCGGAUGGGAACGGAUGUGUCAUCUUCCGCUGUUGCAAGUGUCUGGUGAUUGGGACGCACGAGGGCGAAGCACAUCCGGGAGGCUGCUACAGCGUCGUCACAAAACUGGGGGAGUAUCUAAAGGAACAUGGUAUAUGAACUAUGUGAGCAUGAUUACAGCGAGUACGCAGUGAUAGCACGGUAUCAUUAUAUAUAGAUAAGAGUAUAUUACUGCCAGAGAUAAGCAAAGUGGUAGCGCCGCGUUCUGAAGAACUGGUGAAGUACUUGUGGAUAUCGUUUAAAGAAGAUUGGUACGACUUUAAAUACGUUAAAUGUAUACGCAAUUUUUUAUUGGUGCAAAACUCUGUUGUCUGUAACGUUUUAUUAAGACGACACAUAAGGACAAUGUGUACAUAUUGAAGCUUUUAACCAAAAGUAGCGUCUGAGCAACAUAUAAUAUGAUACAUUUUUCAAUUCCACUUGUUUUGGUGUACUUAACCCGUUUACAAUAUUUUGUAUAACAGCACAUCCCAUUUGAAAUAUCUAAAAUAAACACGCAUGUAUUUUCAUUGCUGAACAUAAAAAUCUUGGAUCAAUUUUGUUAUCUUUGAUCGGUUUUCAUGUGACAUUGUUAUAUUGUUAAACAUAUAUAAUCAAACUGCUGUUAAGUGUUUAAAUUAUAUAGAUUUUUAGGACAAACUUAUACAAUUUUUCAUUUGGAAAAUUGUAUACUAAAUCGUGAAAACCUCCGCUAUCGGCAUUUACUUCUUACUAAUAUUAUUGAUCGGGUACGUGCACAUUGAUGACAAAGAUGAUUAAAAGGGCAUAUCUACGCCGAUAACGGUUUUAUAUUUUCAACAAUAAAAUAGGUUUGAGAAGUACUGAUUUAAUUUUUGCUUAACGCGUAUUUCUCAUGUUUUUAAAGGUAACAUUACAUUUCAAUCUUUAUAUUAAACAAAAGUCUGAGGGAUUUUAGUUUGGUCGCGGAAAAAUCAAUUCAUGUAGUGCUUACAUCAUUUUAAUUGGAUUAAACACAUGAGUCAUGCUCUGUGAAAAGGGGGUUUAAUGCAUGUGCGUAAAGUGUCGGCCCAUAUUAGCCUGUACAGUCAGCACAGGCUAAUCAGGUACGACACUUCGCUUUUAUGAUAUUUUUUGUUUACAGAGAGUCUCUUCUUAGCACAAAUCCAGUUAAGGUGGAAAGUGUCGUCCCUGAUUAACCUGUGCACACAUGCUAAUCUGGGACGACACUUUAUGCACAAGCAUCCCCUUUUUCACAGAGCACGGCUCAUAUUUUUCUAAAAGUCUGAUUGAAGUGCGAUCCCUUUGCAAGCGAGAGCUCGAAAGCCAAAUUGGAACAGUGUAUCGAUAAUAUAGUUUUGGCAUUGUGGUUAUAUUUUGCUAAUAUUGUUCAGUGUAAUUGCUGCUUGAUUUACUGGAUGUGUGAGUAAUAGGAACAUGCAUUGUUUAAAUGCUUUUUGGUAUUUCGGGGAUAUACCGUCCAAACAGCCUUUGUAAACAAUGAAAUCCCGUCCUUGUAACACAUAUUCAGAUGCAUGUAUACAUGCAUUUUUCUGGGUUAGACAAGUUAAUGUCAAGCAUCGAUGCAAACGUUAUGAAUCAUGAUGUCAUAUAUUCUAUAGUAUUUAUGUGAAUAUUCAUUUAAAUAAAUUUACUGUUGUUAUGUAUAAGUUUUGUACUAAAUAUUAUUUCGUUAUACUGUGAAACUUUUUUUUAAUUGCUGGAUUAUAAAAUAUUUAAAGCCUGUUUCAUUUCAGGUUUGAAACAUUUAAAUGUUUAAUAACAUGUUAUAUAGUGGAAUUAAACACAAUAGCCAUGUCAUCUAUACGUUUCAUUUUAUUGGACAACUGUUAAAAUAAAAAGUUUUGUUGUAAAUUA